GGGCCAAUCAGCGAGCGGCGUCGCGUAGGCGGAAGCGAAAGGACGUCGGGCCUGCAAGGUUGUCAUAGAGACCGAAGCGGCGGCUGAGAUGACGGUGCACAACCUCUACCUCUUCGACCGCAACGGCGUCUGCCUGCACUACAGCGAGUGGAACCGCAAGAAGCAGGCCGGGAUUUCCAAGGAGGAGGAAUUCAAGCUGAUGUACGGGAUGCUCUUCUCCAUCCGCUCCUUCGUUAGCAAAAUGAGCCCUGUGGAUAUGAAGGACGGCUUCCUCUCCUUCCAGACCAGCAAGUACAAACUGCACUACUACGAGACGCCCAGCGGACUCAAGGUGGUCAUGAACACCGACCUGGGAGUGGGCAACAUCCAGGACAUCCUGCACCAGAUCUACGGCUAUAUUUAUGUGGAGUAUGUGGUGAAAAACCCCCUCUGCAGCUUAAACGAGAGCAUCCAGAGCGAGCUUUUCCGGAACAAGCUGGACAGCUUCGUCCGGGCGUUGCCCUUCUUCUCGGCUCGUGCCGGCUAGCUCUCUCUUUUUUUCCUGACACCCCCUCAAGGACUCCUCGGAGUACGGACGGUCCAGAAACAGCAAGCCGCUUCAUUUCCCAUGAGGCUGGGCAUUUGCAUACCUUUCGCCAGGAACUGUGCCUCCGUUUCCCGUCCGAAGAACUGCAUCGGGCUGUCGCACCGUCGCUGGAUGCCGUUCUAUUUAUAGUGGAAUAUUCUGAUAUUAUUUUUCUUUUUUUAAAUAAACCGGAUCUCAAGUUA